AUGCAAUCUCUCAACUUUUGGCUUUCCUCAGCACUUGCCCUCGCGGCGGUUGCGCGGGGCCAAGGAGACACCAGCAACGCCCAGAGAGUUGAAGCCGCUCUCGCCGCUCUCACUGUCAUCAACCUUGACGACGUCCGUGGCAACCUCUACCUGCCUACCGUUGCAGAUGGGCUUAUCAUCAACUGGGAGAGCAACUCUUCUUCUGUCAUCUCCAGUGAUGGCGUUGUUAAGAGGCAGCCAGUUGACACUCCAGUAGCCCUUACAGCAUCCAUCGAAUACGAAGGCGUCUCUCAAGCACGCGAGUUCGUCGCGUCAGUGCGCAGAGCUGUAUCACUCGACCCUUUCGAAGGCUAUGCGUUCUCCUACUUCACCGGAGACUCGAUCGCUGGCGAAAAGAUAUACUUUGCCGCCAGUGAAGGCAACAACGCACUGGAGUGGACAGAGUUGAACGGUGGCCAGCCAGUUCUGACCUCUUCAUUCGGCACGAAGGGGCUGCGAGACCCUUUCCUCAUUCGGUCACCGGAAGGGGACACUUUCUAUGUUAUCGCCACCGAUCUGUCCAUCGGUUCUGGUACUUCUUGGGGCGAUUCCGUACGCUUCGGCAGCCGCUAUCUUGAAGUCUGGGAGUCUCAUGACCUGAAGACCUGGUCUGAGCAGCGCCACGUCUUAGUUUCUCCACCAGAGGCCGGAAACACAUGGGCCCCUGAAGCAUACUACGACGACGAACUUGGUGCUUAUUUGGUGUUCUGGGCUUCUUCGCUUUAUGAUGCCAGCGACGUGAACCGUACUGGCAGCACCUACCACCGCAUGCUUUACGCAACGACCCGUGACUUCGUCACCUUCAGCGAGACCACGGUGUGGCAAGAUGCCGGCAUGUCGAGGAUCGAUUCGACCGUGAUCAAGUCCGGGGGCACAUACUAUCGCUUCACCAAGGACGAAGGUGCUCGCGGCACAGGCUGCAGUGACAUAAUUCAGGAGAGUUCAGCUUCUCUUCGAGCCACACUUGAUUCAUGGACAAUCGUCGACUCAUGUAUAGGCAAGAAAGCCGGAACUAGUGCCGUCGAGGGCCCAACAUCGUUCAAGUCAAACGAGAACGAUGUUCACGGCGACAAGUUUUACCUCUUCGUCGACGAAUACGGGGGGCGCGGUUACAUUCCACUCGAAACUGCUGAUAUUAGCAACCCUCAGUGGACCAUCUCUGCUUCAUACAAUUUACCGUCUAGCCCACGGCACGGAACUGUCAUUGCUGUCACUGCCGCCGAGCUUGCUUCUCUGAGAGAGACCGCACCGACCCGUAGAGCUGUCAAUGAUGAUGGCGAGAUUCUUCGUUAUGACUUUUCAAAAACAGAGGGCACACAAGUUCAGGAUGCUUCAGGCAACGGGAACGACGCUGUGAUCAACGGUGGCGCCAGUGUAAUUGACGGCGCACUCAACUUCGACGGCAUCGACGACUUCGUUCAGCUUCCUGACAACAUUAUCUCCGGUGUUGAGGACAUUGCAAUCGAGGCUCGGGUCUUUCUUGAUGCCUCCCAGCAGACUCCCUACUUUAUUUACGGUAUCGGCAAUACUGUGUCCGGCAGCGGCAAUGGCUACCUUUUUACUACCGGAAGCCCCUACAGAGCAAGCAUUGCUACCGGCGACUACACGACCGAGCAGACUGCAGCUUCCAGCUCUUCCCUGCCCCAGGGUACCUGGAUGCACUUGGUUUAUACAAUCUCGGGACGUACAUCCGUCAUUUACUUGGAUGGCUACGAGAUGGCUCGCAACGAGGAUGUGAACAUCGACCCCAAGGAUAUCGGCAACGGCGUGACAACAGCCAACUACAUUGGCAAGUCUGACUACUCCAGCGACAACCUAUUCAAGGGACAGAUACGCGAGUUUGCCAUUUUCAAUAGAUCCAUGACGGCGGCCGAGGUUCUUUCUCGGUCUGGAAACAUCGGAGCCAUCACAGGAGUGACUCUUGCCGAUGCGUCUGCUCUCCGUGUUCCAGCUAUCAUCAACACCACUAACAGCAAAGUCUUAUUCCCGGUCAAGCCUGGCACCGAUGUGACUGCCCUUGCACCGACCUUCGUCACCGCUGAUGGCGUAACUGCUUCCCCGGCUUCCGGCACGAUCGUCGACCUUAGUGCUGAGGUCAAGUACGUCUUGAAGAAGGGCGACGAGGAUGUUGCAGAGUGGACCAUCAGCGCUGUUGAGAUGGGUAGCCCUGUUCUACCCGGUCUCUACGCCGACCCCAACGCGGCGGUAUUCAACGGAGUCUAUUACAUCUACGCGACCACCGAUGGCGUUCCAGGAUGGGGCGGAAACACUUUCUAUUCAUGGAAGUCUACUGAUCUCGUCAAUUGGACCCGUAGUGAGAAGCCUUUUCUGACUCUCGACGGAGCCAACGGCAACGUUCCCUGGGCCGUCGGUAACGCGUGGGCGCCCACCAUUACCGAACGUAAUGGCAAAUACUACUUCUACUUCAGUGGACAGAACGCGGCUCUGAACACGAAGACCAUUGGGGUCGCGGUGGCUGACACUCCAGAAGGCCCUUUCACGGCUGAGCCCGAGGCCAUGAUAUUGAACAACGAAGCCAUUACUUCGUCUCAAGCUAUCGACCCUGUGGCUUUCCAUGACCCUGUGUCAGGAAAGUACUACAUUUACUGGGGCAACGGUCGCCCUCUUCUGGCAGAAUUGAACGACGACCUGGUCUCCGUUAAAUGGAAUACCGUCCAGGCCAUGAGCGGUCUGGUCGACUUCCGUGAGGGUCUCUUUAUAGUUUACCGCGACGGCCUCUACCACCUCACUUAUUCCAUUGAUGAUACCGGUUCAGAGAACUAUCGUGUUGGUUAUGCCACGUCCAAUUCUGCCACUGGACCUUGGACGUACCACGGUGUAAUCCUGCAGAAGGAUCCAUCACAGGGAAUACUGGGAACAGGGCAUAACUCUAUGUUCAAUGUUCCUGGCACCGAUAGUUGGUACAUUGUCUAUCAUCGCUUUGCCAUUCCUGGUGGUGGCGGUUACAGACGUGAGACUACUAUCGACCAUGUCACUUUCGACCCUGAUACGGGCCUGAUCAACCCAGUCGUUCCGACUCUUACCAGCGUUGGGCCGGAAACUGUACCUCAGAAGUUUCGCCGCAUGUCUCGCGUGAUGCGUCUUUAG